AUGGGGAACUUGGUGAAGCUUGAUUUUGUUGCCCUGGACAUUACUGGGAAUAGUUACCUUACCUGGGUACUGGAUACCAAGAUCCAUCUGGAAGCAGGGAAUCUUAGAGAUACCAUCAGGGAAGAGAACAGCUCAUCCUCUCUAGAUUGGGUGAAGGCCAUGAUCUUUAAUCGUCGCCAUCUUGAUGAGGGACUAAAGAACGAGUACUUAACGGUUGAAGAUCCGUUAGCCAUUUGGAAGACAUUGACAAACAAAUACAAUCACCAGACAACGGUGAUUCUUCCAAGGGCUCACUCUGAGUGGACUCACCUAAGGAUCCAAGAUUUCAAGUCAGUAGGUAAGUACAAUUCUGUAUUGUUCAGAAUUACCUCUCAGAUGAAGCUCUGUGGGGAUACUAUUAUUGAGGAAGAUAUGCUGGAAAAGACUUUCAGCACAUUUCAUACCUCUAACGUGCUCCUGCAGCAACAGUAUAGAACGCGAAGCUUCACUGAAUACAACCAGCUGAUAUCUGUGCAUUUGGUAGUUGAGCAAAACAAUGAGCUCCUGAUGAAAAAUCAUCAGUCCCGACCUACUGGAUCUGCACCAUUCCCAGAAGUGAGUGUUGCUUCCCUCGAAGUGAACCCCACAUCCUCUAGUGGUGAUAAUCAUAAAUGA